AUUGACAGCUUGAGCCGCCGAGCAGCAGCAGCAGCAGCAGCAGCGCGGGUCCGGGUCCGUGCAGCCGCGGCGGGAGAAGGAGCUCAAGUCGCUCCGGGGAUUCACACGUCACUCACCGGGGAUUCAGACCGCACUUUGGGAGAAGUUUACGGCCACGGGGCUCGGUCGGGACUCGGUCGGGACUCGGUCGGGACUCUCCGCGGACUCCGGGGCAUGAGAGCGGGGCGGCCCCAUCCCUCGCAGCAGUAGAGCGGGGCAGCGGCUCCAUGGCCGCCGGGGACGGAGCCACGCUGCCGGCCACCGUGGCGGCCAGCCGCGGCGUGGACAAGGCUCUGGAGGAGGCGGCCGCCAGCGGAGCGCUCAACCUGGCCGGCAGGAAACUCAAGGAGUUCCCCCGCAGCGCCAGGAACUACGACCUGUCCGACAUCACGCACGCAGAUCUGUCCAAGAACCGGCUGUGUGAGCUUCCAGACGAGCUCUGUCAGUUCAUUUCUCUGGAGACGCUGAGCCUGUACCACAAUGGGAUGAGAUCGCUGUCCUCCAGCCUUGGCAACCUGCAGGCUCUCACUUACCUCAACCUCAGCCGGAACCUUCUCUCCGGGUUACCCCCGUCGGUGUUCCAGCUGCCCCUCCUGCGCGUGCUGAUCGUCAGCAACAACAAGCUGUCCUCCCUGCCGUCCUCCGUCUACUCCCUCACACACCUCCGGCAGCUGGACGUGAGCUGCAACGAGCUACAGAGGCUGCCGGCCGAGCUCGGCCAGCUGGAGUGUCUGAGGGACCUGAACCUGAGGAGGAACCAGCUCACCUGCCUGCCUGAAGAAAUCUCGGAGCUCCCCCUGGUCCGGCUAGACGUGUCCUGCAACCGCAUCUCCCACGUGCCGCUGUGCUACCGGCACCUGCGGCAGCUGCAGAGCAUCCUGCUGGACAACAACCCGCUGCAGAUGCCGCCGGCUCAGAUCUGCUCCAAGGGCAAACACCACAUCUUCAAGUACCUGAACAUGGAGGCCUGUAAGAGGGGCCACGAGGACCUGGACAAGCACCUGAGGCCCAGCGGCUUCAGCAGCUGCCUGCUGGAGCACGAGCUGUUCACGGGCCAGUUCGGAGGGCUGGACUCGGGCUUCAACAGCGUGGACAGCGGCAGCAAGAGGUGGUCCGGGAACGAGUCAGCAGACGACUUCUCGGAGCGUUCCCUCCGCCUGGCCGAGAUCAGCCGGGACCGGCGGAACCUGGAGGAGGAGGAGGAGGAGGAGGAGGAGCAGCGGAGCAGCCACGUGAACGGAGACGCCGAGCAGGUGGACUUCAUCGACAGCAGCGUGGCUGAGGGAGAGGAGGAGAUCAGGAUAGACUUCCCCGCACCCUCCAUCGUAGCCCCCGCCCCGGAGCAGAAGGAAACGUCUUCAUCGUCUCAGAGCGGAGACUCCCCCACGUUCAGGUCCAGCGUCCACGUGGCGGUGGGCUCCCCGUCGUCGGCGUCCUCGUCCCCCCUGUCCCCGUCCAGCCCCACCCUGGAGGAGCGGCGGAGACCCGGCACCGUGUCCCCGUCCAGCCCCACCCUGGAGGAGCGGCAGAGACCCGGCACCGUGUCCCCGUCCAGCCCCACCCUGGAGGAGCGGCGGAGACCCGGCACCCUGCUGAUCUGGCAGGAGAGGGAGCGGCUGCAGCAGCAGAGGGAGAAGGCCAGUUUGCUGAAGUCAUCCAACAAAACAGGAAGUCAUGUGGCCCCGGCAGCCCAGACAGGAAGUAGCUCGUGUGGCUCCUCACCAGAGAACGGCAGCUCCCAGUCCGGCCUGCGGCAGAGAUGUGCGAGCGCUGACCAGAUGAGCACAGGGUCUGCGGCGCUUCUGCAGCGCUCCAGCAGCCGAACAGACGUCCCGUCCUCCCCGAAGACGUCUCCUCCUCCCGGCCAGGCCCAGAGACCCAACAGCUUCCUGUUCCGCAGCUCGUCUCGCAGCAACGUCAAGCCCUCAGGGGGAGAGUCCCAUUCCACGCUGCGUCUGCCUAAAGAGGAGAGGCCGGAGGUCACGCAGCUACGGAAGACCCUGGAGUCCCGGCUGAAGAUGUCCCUGCCCGAGGACCUGGGCGAGGCUCUGUCCAACGGCACGCUGCUGUGCCAGCUGGUCAACCAGAUCCGUCCCCGCGCCGUCUCCAUCAUCCACAUCCCCUCCCCGGCCGUGCCAAAACUGAGUUCAGCCAAGUCUCGGCUCAACGUGGAGAACUUCAUGUCGGCGUGCCGUAAGCUGGGAGUCCCCGAGACUGAGGUGUGUGUGUGCUCUGACGUGCUUCUGUGUAAGCUUCCCGCCGUGCUGCGCUGCGUGGCGGCGCUGCUGGCCGUGGAGGACGGCCCCGCCCAGCGGUCUCCACCCGUGUCGCCCUCCGCGCCCUCCGCGCUGCUGUCCGCAGACUUCCUGCUCUUUUACUGUGCCGUCAUGGCGCUGCUCUCCGCCGUCUACUGCUACCUGCUCAGAUAGAGCAGCGCGGCGCCGCUGCACACACACCCUCAACACACACACACACUAUUGGCAGUUUAGCUGCUUUACCUGGUUAGUUUAUCACCCGUUUAAAAGGAUUGGGGUAUUUUUGGGGUUCAGAUGUUCCUUUAAUCAGAACCGCCUCAUUUUUUUCGAGGAAAAAAGUCCAAAUUCUGACUUUGAUCAAAGGAAAAAAAGCUCUGCUCUGCAGCUCUGGGCCCCGGCAGCAGCAGGGGGCGCCGCUGAGCUCAGGGUACUAACGUUCUCCUGAAGAUGAGGAACACUGAACCAGAACUGCCACCUCGUAGGUGCAGCAGCUCUUGCAGAGCUGAUAAGGCCACACUGGAGUGAAGCGGCUGCCUGUGGGGCGUCGCUAUGGCAACAGUAACUUCAUGCAGAUCAGGGCGGCUCCAGGGGCUUGAGUUUAACCCCGGGAUACGACUGGGUUCUCAGGCCCGGGUAGAAGGACGGGUCCUGGAAGGAUGUUCUGGUCUCCAGAGACGCUCGUUUUUUAUCUCCACCCAUCCCGUCCAGACUCGGGGAUUCCUCCUCAGAGGAGCCGUAACACUCAGCAGCAGUCUGACCUGGGGGACGUUUCCUGAGAUGGAACUGUGAAUGUGACAUUAGUCCUGGGAUAUGUGUGUGUCUUAACCCUGACGUGGAUGUGAAUGUGUGACGGUGAGGCGGUGAGGUGAGGUGUUGCCUGUGACCAACGAACACUUUUCUCUGACUGCGGUGCUUCCUGAGAGCAGCAGGGGGCGCUGCUACGUUAACAGACGGUACUGACCCUCCAGGAGGUUGUGGACAGUUUUUUUUUUUUUUUUUCCCCUUUGGUCCAUUUGACAUGCUGUCUUUGCUUGUAUAAAUGUAAACAGCUUAUUAAAUUAUUGCUUUUUUAAUUUAUUUUGGACUCUGGUUGUGUUUGUGUGGAAACAACAGAGGCUUCAUUGGAGUUUUCCGGCUUUUUCCAGGCUCGUAAACCCAACGUGGGCCCUUUAAACCCACACACGUGACUUUAAAGGGCUUUAAUAUUCACAUAACAGUUGUAAUAAUGGUGGACUUUUUAAUUGUCCCCCUUGGAGCACCAGAAAGCCUUUGCGGGCGCCGCUCUGCGUCGGUCCCUCCGCCUCCCAGAAAACACCAGCUGCAGAAUCCACCACCAUUUCAUUUAUUUAUAGACACAUUUCAACAGCUAAAAUGUAACGGCAGCAUCAUUUUAAGGACUUUUUUUUGUUUUAAGUGUGGAGGUGACAUCGGCUUCACAUCGUCAAACGUCCCAGAGGGUUCAGAACUUCCUGGCCAAUAAUCUUGCUCUGGAAACAGAACUGAUCCUCUGAAAUGUUCCUCCUUCACUCUGAUAUUCUCCAUGUCCACUUGUUUGUAGCCGUUUAUUUGUUGGUGCCACAGUUGUGGGGACUUUCUAUUCUUCUACGCCAGCUCAGCAGCUGCUCACAGAGUUAUCAGUCCAGUCUGGUAGCAGACAUGGAGAGUAUUAGGGCCAGGCGGGAGAAAAAUACAAAUAUUUUAAAAGGAGGAAGAUUUUUUUUUUUCAUUAUGCACUCCGAGGAAAAAGUCGAAAUGUUAAGGAAAGAAGUCAAUUACUCUUGAAAUUUCGACUUUAUUCUUGAAAUCGUAUUUCAACAUUAAUCUUGCUAUUUUGAAAGGGAAAGAUUUUUUUUUUAUUGUGCACUUUGAGCAAAAAGUCAAUGUCGAGAAAAAAGUCAAUGUCAUGAAUAAAGUGAAAUUUCACCUUUUUUCUCAACAUUUCAACUUUAUUCACGAAAUUUUGAAUUUCGACUUUUUUCUCGAAAUUUUACUUCAACAUUAAUCUCAACGUUUCGACUUUUUUCUUGAAGUGCAGAAUAAAAAAAAAAUAUCCCCCUCUUAAAAAUGUUUUCUCCUGCAUGGCCCUGAUACUCUUCCGUAGUUAAAUAACAAAGAAGUUGAAAUAAAUGUUUGUAUAAUAGCAUCCAGGGGUGAGAAUAACGUCCCACUGCGCUCAUGUUUGAUAUAUGGAAGCUUGAAAUGAAAUUAAAUGAAAACCCUUGGAGUGAUGGUGGAACUGUUUUAUAUAAAGCUGUGUUGUCCCCACAUCUCCUGUAAUCCACCGGUCAGAGCCUCUGCUGUUAAAAACAUCCCUCUCCAUCUUUUACUUUAGUUUUUGCUCUGUGGUUCAGUUGGGAUUUAUACUCUUUUUGACUUAAAUGUGCAUUUUCUAAGUGAAACUGGAUAAGCGAGUCGCUCACUGGCUUAGACCAAACUAUAUUCUUAAACAUGUUAGUGGAGCAGAAAGAUUGUUGUAUUUUAUAUUUAUAUAAUGCUCUUGUAUUAUUGAGAAUCUCCUUUUUGACGUUAUAUAAAUUUCUAUGUGAAAAGUUUCUUCCUGCUGUAAAGAAUUUUAUUAAACCUGCAACUUGGAACAUGUGCUAUUUGUCUGUCUGCCUUCUGUUGCUUCUGCUGAGUCAGCAAAUAAAUCUGUCUCUGCAGGGUCUCUGCAGCCCCAUCUGCACCUGAACUGGGACUGACCGGUAAAGGGCCUUGGUAAAAGCGCCGGGUGUUCCGGUCAGCGUAUCGGGGCGUGCAGGGGGCGAGCAGACACCCUGGAAUCAAUCCUUGUGCCUUGUGCUUUAACAUGUUAAACGCUCGUGUGUGCUCUCUGAACAGCAGGUUACUGCCAGGCUUCCUGCUGUUGAACUAGAACCUGGUGAGUAGGUGAGUUUGCUGAGUCACUGUUGGAGCUCCGGCCCUGUGGAGGCUCCACCUCCACCUCCGCUGCUUCAACCUUCAGCUCCUGUUAUCGUCUCUUCACCAGUUCUUUUUGUUUUAAUAUUUUUUAUUAGGGGGUAAGGCACAGUAGAACAGGAAUAUAAAAAAAAAAAGAUGUACAGUCUACCUCCUAGGAUGGUUUUUUUUUUUUUGAUUCAAGAACAGAACAAAAAAUCAAAAAGUAAAACAAAGUAAUAUUUAAGUAUUAAAGCUACACAGUAUGAAUUAAAUAGAUGUUGAGCUCAUAGGACUAGAUAGUACAAUCCCUUAGAUCGAUCAGCACUUGGUAGUGAGUGG